CUUCUCUCGUGCCUCAGAAGCGAAAAGACUUCGAGACAGGAAACUAAUUCUUUUCUGGACAAGUUUUUUUUCUCUCUCUCUUUAUUCUACGGUGAUUGGAUCCAAUAAGUGCGUGUUGAUGACCCUUGUCAGAAAGCAGAAAGAUAAGAACGGGUUCGUGUGAGGACGUGUGCUUGUGUUCGUGGACUUUAACAUAUAGUCUUGUCUCGAUCUUUUAUGUUUCGAGAUUUGCUGAAGAUUUUCGGUGACAUGCUGCUUCUCGGCGGUGUGAUCCUCAUAAUGCUGGGUCAGGCGAGCGAAGGAUGGAAAGUGUCUUUGACCGACCCGGAAGUCGACCGAAAAUUUCCAACCUGGAGCCAGAAAGCCGAUGUUCUCGAGAACUUCCGAUCUCGGUUGGCCCUUCAUUACUCAAAGCUCAAGGACGAGGAGAGAAUGCAGAGCGUCCGCGUGUUCGAAGGCAGUGGCAAUGACGAUGACGAAGAGAGUGGCAUGAGGAGUGAUGGCUUUAACGAAGCGGACGACCUGGACACGUGCAGGACUCCGGACAAGGACAACCCGGAGAAAGUGGUCUGCAAUUUUACCAAUAUUCCACAGGUUCCCAGUCGCCUGCCGCAGAGUUUGUACAGGCGAGACGGCCUCACCGAGCUUUACAUAUAUGGAUCGAGGAAACUUGGCUUCAGAACUCUGUGCUUAGAGGAGCUCCAUUUCAUUGACUGUCGGGUCGCGGAUGCCAUCGACUACCGCUCUACUGGGAAGUGCGGGGCCCCGUUGGACUCAAUGCAGCUCUCGAAUUCUCACGUCGACGCCGUCCUGGGGAACUUUAACAAAAUUAUAGUCACCAAUAGUGUAAUUGGCAACCUCAAUGUGUCUCUGUCUUUGAAAUCUAGGUACAUCUACGUCAAUGCCUCAGACAUAAUUACCCUGCGGGGGAUGGAGACUCCCCAUUAUAAUUUUUUCUGGAUAUCAAAGACGCGGGUGGGUACAGCUCUCCGAGGCGGGAUUAAGCUAACAAGUCGGUUCUUGCGCACACGCCCCAGUCACGUCGAAGUAAGCAGCUUCGAGUCGAUCGAACCCGGCGGCAUUCAGGUUCAAUCCGGAAAACUCGCGAUGAGCAAUGUCACUAUAGGUCACCUGGGGGAAGGAGGAGUCGAGAUCCGGGGGCCGGCAGAGGUCAGGAUGGUACAAGUUAAGAUCCAGAACUCUUCCUUCGAGGGGAUUAGUCUCGAGGGCCCGAGCGCGGUGCUGUACAUGCAGGACCUCGAACUCGACGGCGUCGUUUUGAGCGCGCGGUUCGUCAGCACCUCCUCGGAGCCCUUCGUUUUCUAUCCGAUGCGGCUCUUCCUUCGCCAGGCGCGUCUUUUCGACACAGCAGUUACUGCGGUGCUUUGCGCGCUUGCCUUCGCUUUCGGCGUCAUCGUAGGUGCGCUGGUGACUUCCUGCUGUUGCUUGAGGAAAAAAGGGACCGCCAAAAUAAAUAUAACCGAGCCUCCCCAGAAGAGAGUUCAGAAUGUAGAUGAUACAACUGGAAGAGGAGGAAGAGGCGGAGCCACAGCCUCACGUGACAUCGCAGCUUUCCAGAGCUCCCAAGCACUCAGAGCUGAAGCCGAGCUGGAACCGGUAUAUGGGAAUAUCAGACAGCCGCUCUGCCAGCAUAGGGGUAGAGAGCCAUUUACUAAGGAUACAAAUGAGACCCCACUCUAUCAAGACACAAGUAACGAAGCCCUCUAUCAGGACACAAGUAGAGAACCAUUCGUAAGCGGCACAAGUGGAAAACAACUCUACCAGGACACAGGGACAGAACCACUCUACCAGGACACAAGCAGCGAACCAAUCUAUCAAGACACGGGUAGAGAACCACUCUAUCAGGAUACGAGCAGCGAACCAGUCUAUCAGGACAUAGGUAUAGAGCCACUCUACCAGGAUACAAGCACAGAAUUGGGCUUCCAAAACAAAGCUAAAGAACCAUUGUACCAGGGCACACACAGAACACCAAUCUCCCAGGGCGCAGGUAGAACACCAACCUACCAGGGCGCAGGUAGAACACCAACCUACCAGGGCGCAGGUAGAACACCAACCUACCAGGGCGCAGGUAGAACACCAACCUACCAGGGCGCAGGUGGGGUUGUAAAGACAUACCCUGAGACUUCAGGCCAACAGGACGGACCACCUGACGAAGAACCCCUCUAUGGUAACGUUGGGCAGGACCCGAUCUACGGAAACUUAGGAACAGACACCCAUUCAGGAAGAUGUGAAGAUAACGGCGAUGAAGCGAUAUAUGCAAAUUUCGGAGUGGACGAAGAGAUUUAUGCAAAUAUCUAGAAGGCUGGCAGUAUUUUUCUUUUUUCUUAGGAACCGGAACCGCUAGAUAUAUUUUAGCUUAUAUGUUGUAAUCAUGUAUAACCAUAAUUCAAAUUGUUUUAUAUGUUGUAAAUAUAUGUAAAAAUAAAUCGUGGAUAGAAAGUG